UCCGCUCGGUUGCCGGCGGACAGACGUCGGGAGCAGCGUUGGAUCGGCUCGUUGUCGCGGUCGGACCGGGAGUUUUCCUUUUCCUCGGUGCACUGUGCUCCUGCGCCCGGGAGUCGGGGAUCAUGACCAUGGGGUCAUCAUCAUCAUCUUCAUCAUCAUCGUCAUCCUCUCAAUCCUCCUCUCCCGCAUCAGCACCACCGCACUUUACUUUUCUCUCGUCAGCACCGGAUCGCGAGGGGAGCGCGUUGAGAUAAAACUCCUGGCUGUUGCUUUUUAUCGUCCGUUUCCAUUCCGGGAAACUUUUUUCUUUCUUCUUUUUUUUUACACUAAAUUAUUUCCCUUAAAGCGUGUGGAAUGGAGAUCCCAACUUUCCUCAUGGCAAGUCUCGCUGUGAUCUUCUUUGGAGGGGAUAUUUUCACGUGGGCCAUGCUGAGUGACAUUGGGGACUAUGUAGGUAAAGACAUUCAAAUAUCCUGGUUACCAAACCUGGAUGAGUUAAUGAAGGGCUAUGCCAGAAAUUUUCGCCCUGGGAUAGGAGGUCCGCCAGUGAACGUGGCCAUGGCCAUUGAGGUGGCCAGCAUCGACCACAUCUCCGAGGCCAACAUGGAUUACACCAUGACCGUGUACCUGCGGCAGAGCUGGCGCGAUGACCGCCUGUCCUUCAAUCACACCAACAAGACGCUGGGGCUGGACAGCCGAUUUGUGGACAAGCUGUGGGUGCCCGACACCUUCAUCGUCAACGCCAAAUCCGCUUGGUUCCACGACGUCACCGUGGAGAACAAGCUGAUCCGCCUCCAGCCCAACGGAGUCAUUCUAUACAGCAGCCGGAUCACUUCAACGGUGGCGUGUGACAUGGACCUGACCAAGUAUCCCAUGGAUGAACAGGAGUGCAUGCUGGACCUGGAGAGCUAUGGCUACUCCUCCGAGGACAUUGUGUACCACUGGUCAGAGAGUCAGAAGCACAUCCACGGCCUGGACAAACUGGAGCUCUCCCAGUUCACCAUUACAGACUAUCGGUUCGUCACAGAGAUGCUGAACUUCAAAUCUGCUGGACGGUUUCCGAGGCUCAGCCUGCGCUUCGAGCUGAGGCGCAAUCGAGGCGUCUACAUCAUCCAGUCAUACAUGCCUUCCAUCCUGCUGGUCGCCAUGUCCUGGGUGUCCUUCUGGAUCAGCCAAUCGGCGGUCCCUGCUCGUGUGUCCUUAGGGAUCACAACCGUGCUCACCAUGACCACGCUGAUGGUCAGCGCCCGCUCCUCCCUGCCUCGGGCGUCGGCGAUCAAGGCGUUGGACGUCUACUUCUGGAUCUGCUACGUGUUUGUGUUCGCGGCGCUCAUCGAGUACGCCUUCGCUCACUACAACGCUGACUACAGACUCAAAGAGAAGGCCAAGGUGAAGGCCAACAAGCUCAGCUCCGAGUCCAUCGUGAAGAACGGCAAACAGGCCAUGGUUCUGUUCUCCCUGUCUGUCACUGGCAUGAACCAGGGCGUGAUGAUUUCCAACCGCCACGGUCGGCCCCAGCGCCCCAGCAGCGAAAUCCCCGGGGAGGGCGGCAGCGAGGAGGCCGAGCCGAGGAGGAGAAGGUCCAGGCAGCCGGAGGAGAGCGCCGACGACAAGAAAUGCUGUUCCAAGUGCGUGUGCAAGCCCAUUGACGCAGACACCAUCGACAUCUACGCCAGGGCCGUGUUCCCUUUCACCUUCGCCGUGGUGAACGUGAUCUACUGGGUGGCGUACACCAUGUGAAGAGGAGGCGACAAGGUCUGUGCCAACGGCUGCCGUCCAGGACUGUAUGUAAGGAACUGCUAGAGUUGUGCCGCUUCGCCGCUGGCAGACUGGCGCAGCGGAAAACACACCGGAGGCCUCCGAAAACCCCCCCACAAUAUACAUUAAAUACAAAAAACUUCAGAGGAAAUGAAGUGCUAUACGGCCAGGGAAGUCUGAAAUACGGUAAUGGAAGUAGUUAUGAGUUUAGAAAGUGUUAACAGGAUGUCAUAUUUAAAAAGGAAAUACGGAAAUGUGCUGCAGUAAUGCAAAGGACUAAGUUGCCUAUUGGGAGGUUCACAUGAAAUGUGAAUCCCGACCUACACGCGUCCUGCUGUUGUAAGAUCUAAGCACAGGACACCAAACAACACAUUCUGCUCACAAGCGCACUUUGUGCAAAUAAGCAUAGUCGGCUUAACUAACUCAAAAGCAACAAUCUAGAACCGCCUGUUAUCUCGAAACCAAAAAAAGCCGCCCCAAACUAGAAGGAUAACAAGAUGAGGUGUCCCGCUAUUCUGCAUGGCUGAUAUCUCACUCACCCUCGUCCUGCACCAUCGCCACCCCCUCUCUUCCUCUCCCGCCUUUGGUCCUCCACCCGUUUUCUCAUAGAUUCAUUUUUUUUGUUCAGGACACCGUCUGGGGCGUCUUAUCUCCCUCUGCCAGUUCUGUCUUUUUCCUCUCCAUUAAAGGACUUCCACUACA